CCAAUACAUCCUUGAACUCUGAUCACAAGUUAGAAUAUUUCAGCUUUAAAAUAGUUCGUUCCUGCGCUAUAUUUUUCGAGCGUCUUUCAGCGAUGAUUUCCAUUCCUUCUGCAGGUGGAUACGAUAAGCUAGAAUACAGGGAGCUUUCGGAAGGUGAAUUUACCGAAGGUGCUAACAUCAAAAAUAACGAAAACAUCACCGAAGACGAUCUUGUUGUUGUGAAGACUUACGCAAGUGGCGUGAACUACGCCGAUGUUUGCAUUCGCUGGGGUGUAUACGAAUCUGCUAAGAGAUUUGUUGGAUGGCCGAUUACUCCUGGAUUUGAAUUCAGCGGAGAAAUUGAAAGCAAAGGCAAAAAUGUGACGAAGUUUAAGAUCGGCCAAAAAGUCUUCGGCGUGUCGCUAUUUGGAGCUUACUCGAAGCGGGUAAGAGUACCUGAGCAUCAAAUAUUUCCACUACCGGAAAAACUCGACAAGAACGAGGCAGCUGGUUUCCUGACUGUGGCUUUGACAGCUUGGUAUGGGCUAUUUGAACUUGCAAGACCGAGGGGUGAAAGCUGGAUACUCAUCCACUCUGCCGCUGGAGGGGUGGGUAGUAUGCUGGUUCAACUCGCAAAGAUCCAUGGUUGUCACGUGGUGGGUGUGGUUGGGGGUAGUCAUAAAGUCAACAUGGCCAAAGAAUUGGGCUGUGAUCAUGUGAUAGACAAAUCUAAAGAAAACAUAUGGGAAGCCUCCAAAUACUAUGUUCCUAAAGGAUUCCAAGUUGUCUUUGAUGCUAAUGGAGUGGAGACUUUACUAGAGAGCUAUAAUCACUUAGCCCCCGGUGGAAAAUUAGUUGUUUAUGGUUUUCACACAAUGCUUCCCAAAUCCAGCGAUACUGGUGCUGGGUACAUCAGCAUAUGGCAGUGGAUAAAAAUAGGAAUCAACUACUGGUACACUCCUAAAUUUGAUCCUUUGAAGAUGACUAGUGAAAAUAAAAGUAUCAUGGCAUUCAAUCUGAGCUUUCUCUUUGAUCGACGUGACAUUUUGGAAGAAAGCAUGGCACAACUUCUGUACUGGGUAAAGCAAGGCACUCUUAAAGUUAGCAAAGUGACUCCAUAUCCUCUGAAACAAGUGGCUAAAGCACAUAGUGAUUUGGAAUCAGGGAAAACCAUUGGCAAGCUUGUACUUACCAUGGAUGAAUGACUCUUCUCAAAAUAAUUAUUUUGUGAAAAAAUUUACUAGAGGGGAACAUAAUUUUCAUAGUAGUGUAAGAGGGAAAAGAGAUGGUAUAGAGCUAGUUUAUGCAUAUAUUAGGGAAGAUGAUUAAGAAAAACUGGUGGUUGUAUAGGAAUCAAUAAAGUCCAUUUUCUCUUGUGACACUAGAACUGAGGCCUGUUUUUUCUUGUUUAAUUACUGCUUUUCAGCUAGUAGUUAUAAUUGGUCAUCCUUGUUGUGAAGGGGUUACAAUAAUAUUUUUCUCUUGGGAUACUAGUACUGAGGCCUGUUUUCAAUUGCUUAACAACUGCUUUUCAGCUAAUAGUGAUGAUUAGUCACUCCUGGUUGUAAAGGGAUUACAAUGACAUUUUUCCCUUUGAAAAACACCAAUCUUAAAUGAAACCUUGAGGGUCACUCAAUUAGGGGGUGCUCGGUGAGAUGGUUAAAAUAUGAAUUUCUUGUGUCAAGGUCUUUGUAAUUUGAAAUGUCAUAGUUCUUCAAAUUCAAGAUAUCAUUUUUAAUUAGAGGUUUAUUAUGGUUUUUUAAGGGAAUUCGUUAUCUAAUUGUCAUCAAGAUUUAUAGACAGAGUUAUCCAUUACAGAGAUAUCUAAUGUGCCAAUGGUAUUACAAGACUGCAUUUGCCUGGAUAGAGUUUCAAUCCUUGCUUUUAAUUUAGUAAUCAUGAUUACCAGUAAUCAAACAUUCUGUCAGUCAAUUCUGAAUUGUUACUGCUGUUUUAAUGUCUCCAGAUAAAAGAUAUGUACAUAGUGAUAGAGUUGGUCUUCACACAGAGCUCUUGGAACAAAAAAAUAAAUUCCAUGUAAUUCUUGUUUACACCUACUGAUUUAUUUGUGACAAUGAAAGGGUGCUGACCCAUAUUACUUUUGAUGCAAACUCAAAUGCUUCUUGAUUUACAGAACAAAUUACAAGAAAAUUUGAGUGAAAAGUGUAUAGCACUCGGUCAGAAGUCACUCAAGAAGGAUUAAUUUUAUUCCCAUGCACCCCUAUAUUUCACUUAAGCUUACAAUUCCUUGUCAAUGUUAAGGCUGUAUGUAAAGUGGAAUUGACUGCCAAUUCCAUUCCAUUUAUUUUUAAUUUGGAAAGCAUUACUGCCAUUUAAGUUAUCAAUUUUUAUUAAUGUAGAGAAUAAAUAAAUGUUACAUUUGAUGUCAAUUAUAGAUAAAGAUAAUGUUUGAAUAUUUUUUUCAAUUUUUUUUUUUUUACAGGUAGGUGCUUAACUUUUCCUACCUACAGGGUGGGUGGUUCUUCAAGGAGUAUACUCAUUCAGGCUUUGGCACAAUCAAAUAAAUACUUUCUAAAAGAGACUAUUGAGUAAAAGAAAAAAAUUAAUUAACUCACUAGUUUGAUGAACCAAGUAUAACAUUGUCGAUGAUAUUAACAUGCUCUUAAGUAAGGUUGCCCUCUUUUCUAGCCAUUAUGGUUAUUAAAGGUAGCCAUGCCCUGUGUAUUUCUUGUAAUAAUUAGGUUACACUAAAACUGUAAAUGUAAGGUACAAAUAAAGCUGUUGUGGUAGAAAUAAAGCAGUUGUGGUACAAAAUAAAUAAAAUAAAGCUGUUGUGGUACAAAUAAAGCUAAUAUGGUACAAAUAAAGCUGUCAUGGUUCAAACAGA